AUGUCCACUCACGCUCAUGCUCGGAUCCGCCACACCGGGCCCGUCCGACCCCUCAAUCGGCGAGAGAGGAUCCAGGAGACAUCAACAAACGGAAGACUGCUGCUCAAGUGGGGAAGAAAUGAGAAGCUCAAUGAAGUCGUCGUAUGGGCAAGCCAAGUUGCCAAUUCUUCUCCUUCAAGCGACACACCCUCUCUCCAAAUGUUACCGGACCGUCAAUCAAAGCAGCUUGGCACAGGCUUGGAUGCAUCUGAUAGGGGUCUUCUCCCCAAGAGCGAUGAGUACACCGUUAAGGAACAGUCACACACGCCUUCCACCCAACCAGAUGUCUGUAUAGAUUUUGUCACGCAAACAGCACCUAGCGAUAUCGACAGCCACGGUCCGCUCGGCGGUGCGCAUGCUAUAAGCGUUUUGUACUACUGGCACCGUAUCGCCCCCUAUACGCCCGAAGCACGGUCACUGGCCCUCCGUUUACGCUUGCUAUUCCCCGUAACCCAACGCAGUUCUCAUCUUGUGAGCUUGGGCAUAAAGUACCCUGUCUUCCGCCUCAUCGCCACUGGCCAAGACACACCCGAAAACCUCGCCACACUCCUCGGACCGGACUAG